AUUAAAAAUGUAUAAAAGUACCAGUUGAUAAAAUAAUGAAGAAAAUAAUUAAAGUGAAACCAUAAAAAUUGUUUCAAGGCAAUCAAAACCCUUCGCCUUAACUGACCACGCCAAAAAACCUGUGCCUGACCUUAUACACGACCAUAUUUCCCGAAAACAAGUUUUUUUUUAUCCGCACGCAACAAUCAAUGCAACAAUGCAACAAUAACGAGUCGAAUUUUCUAUAUAAACAGAUGUGGCCGAUAUUUUCGUCAGUUUUUGGGGCGCAUUUACAAGUAAAAAUGGCAUCGAAAUUUGUUGUGUUCGCUUGUUUCGUCGCUUACGUAAGAGCUGGCGAUUUGAUACAGCAACCCUUGCAACCACUUGCACAAAUUAGAUACGCUCCUACCGCACCAAUAAUAUCAAAAUCUACGAUUUACCAUACAGCAGCUCCAGCACAAGCAAUCGCCUAUCACGCUCCUGCGCCACUUGCCUACCAAGCACCUGCACCUCUAGCUUACCACGCGCCUGCCCCUAUCGCCUACCAAGCACAAGCUCCCUUAGCUUACCAUGCACCAGCUCAAUUAGCUUACCACGCUCCAGCUCAACUGGCAUACCACGCACCUGCUCCAUUAGCUUACCACGCACCUGCUCAACUAGCUUAUCAUGCACCUGCACCUUUAGUAAAACAAAUCAGCCCAGCAGCUUUCAGCUACGCACCUACAAUUUCCUAUUCAGCGCCUUUAGUGAAAGCCGUUUCGCAUGGUCCGGCCGUAAUUUCAUCUCAAGCACCUGCUUUGGUUAAAGCUGUAGCACCUGCAUUGGUUAAGGCACAACCAGCUGAAGAGUACGAUCCAAACCCACAAUAUUCUUUCGGUUAUGAUGUACAAGACAGUUUGACUGGCGACGUUAAGAGCCAAAGCGAAACAAGAAAUGGAGAUUCGGUUCAAGGUAGUUACUCCCUUAACGAACCUGAUGGUACCAGAAGAAUCGUAGACUACACCGCUGACCCAGUCAACGGAUUUAACGCAGUGGUUAGAAAAGAACCGCAGGUUCAAAAAGCCAUCAUUGCUCAGCCAGCUAAAAUUGCUGCUCCCUUACCAUUGGCGGCUGCUCAUUACGCCGCACCUUUAGCAGCUUACCACGCACCUGCGCAAGCUAUUAUUGCACAUUAAUUUCAACUCGUUUUAUAUAAGAAAACUAAAUAAUAUUGAAUCAAUUUUUGUUUAUAAAGUAUUUUGAACAAUAUUCUAUUGUUCUUGCAAAAUUAUUCAUUUACUUUGAUUAGGAAUUUGUGCUGUUGUGGUUGUUCUAUCUGAGAAACAGCCAAAGGUAUUGCUGGUGUCUCAAUAGUAGAAGCUUUUUGAUGUGACAAAUUUAUUUAUUAUAUCUGGUUGAAUUUCAUAUACUUGCUUCAUAUUUCGUUUUCAAUAAUAUUUAGUUUUCCUGGUAGUUUGAACACACUACAACUUCAAUUGAAGGAAAUCAAAUCUAAAAAGAAUUUUUAGUGUUUUUUGUUUUAAUUGAAGUUUUCGAUGAUUUUUCUUUACGCUUCGUUUUGUAAAUUAUUUCGC